CACUGCCCCGCGGCAGCUGCGGGAGCCGGGAACCCUUUUCUGGCCCCUAUCGCUUGGAAUAGUCUCUAGCGGCUGAAGGCAGCGGGUAGGCGCGCUUCCCCGGGGCCUGGCCCGGAAUCCCUUUUCGAAACCUGCCCGGGCAAUCUUUGCGCAUCCGGAGCCGAACUCCCGCUGCGCGCGGCUGGUGGGAUCUGGAGCGCUGCCUGGGAUUUGUGGAGUCCCGGCGCCUCGCGAAGUCCGCUUUCCGAGCUCCGGGGGCUGUGAGAGAGACGACCAAGGUAAGGGCGUUUAGAGAGCUGCGCAGGAGAAAGAGGGGCUUGGAGGAGCGAGACAUGUAUUUUCGCCUGCGUCUCAAAAGGGGAGAAUUCCCUGUGCCCACUGGAGAGGCAACAACCCUGAACUGUGACUGCAAUUGAGGGCACAGCAGAGGCCUGGGAGCCUCUGGGUUGAUGACUUAGACUAUGUGCUAAAAAGCCGAAGCUUUCCUUGGGGAAUUUAGGGACCAACUGGUGGUGACUGUGACCUGAGGUGAGGAGUCAGAAGACAGCCACAGAAAGCAGCAGGGACGUUGCAUUGGGGCUGAUGUGGAUUGCCCGGCUGGGGAAGCUCCUGCUGCCAACUGUCCCUCUCUGAUGGAAUGCUGGUGAGGUCCCCCACCCAGGGGAGCCACCCGGUGAGUGGAACGCCUGGGUCUGACUGACCCCUCAACCCUGCCUAGGAACUGGGGGGGCGCCAGGGCCCUAAUGCCCUUUCCUCCCGGAAGAUGGCUCUGAACACGUCCAGUACGUCCAGUACGGAUGGGGCUGGGCUGGCGGUGGAGAGGGACUUCUCCUUCCGCGUCCUCACGGCCUGCUUCUUGUCGCUGCUCAUCCUGUCCACGCUCUUGGGAAACACUCUGGUCUGUGCUGCUGUCGUCAGGUUCCGACACCUGCGGUCCAAGGUGACCAUUUUUGUCAUCUCCCUAGCUGUCUCAGACCUCCUGGUGGCUGUCUUGGUGAUGCCCUGGAAAGCUGUGGCUGAGAUCGCUGGCUUCUGGCCCUUCGGGUCCUUCUGCAACAUCUGGGUGGCCUUUGACAUCAUGUGCUCCACGGCCUCCAUCCUCAACCUCUGCGUGAUCAGUGUGGACAGGUACUGGGCCAUCUCCAGCCCCUUCCAGUACGAGAGGAAAAUGACCCCCAAGGCAGCCUUCAUUCUGAUCAGCGUGGCGUGGACGCUGUCUGUCCUCAUCUCCUUCAUCCCAGUGCAGCUCAGCUGGCACAAGGCCAAACCCACGGGCCCCUCCGAUGGCAAUGCCACCUUCCUGGAAGAGACCGAGGACAACUGUGACACCAGACUGAGCAGGACGUAUGCCAUUUCUUCCUCCCUGAUAAGCUUUUACAUCCCGGUGGCUAUCAUGAUUGUCACCUACACCAGUAUCUACAGGAUCGCCCAGAAGCAGAUACGGCGCAUCUCGGCCUUGGAGAGAGCAGCGGUCCAUGCCAAGAAUUGCCAGGCCACCACAGGCAAUGGGAACCCUGCCGAGUGUUCUCAGUCAGAAAGCUCCUUUAAGAUGUCCUUCAAGAGAGAGACCAAAGUCCUGAAGACCCUGUCUGUCAUCAUGGGGGUGUUCGUAUGCUGCUGGCUCCCCUUCUUCAUCUCGAAUUGCAUGGUGCCCUUCUGUGGGUCUGGGGAGACCCAGCCCUUCUGCAUCGAUUCCAUCACCUUCGAUGUGUUCGUGUGGUUUGGGUGGGCGAACUCCUCCCUGAACCCUAUCAUUUAUGCCUUUAAUGCUGAUUUUCAGAAGGCAUUCUCCACUCUCUUAGGAUGCUACAGACUUUGCCCUACAACGAGUAAUGCCAUAGAGACAGUUAGCAUCAAUAACAACGGGGCCGUGGUGCUUUCCAGCCACCACGAGCCACGAGGCUCCAUCUCCAAGGAGUGCAAUCUGGUUUAUCUGAUCCCACACGCAGUGGGCUCCUCGGAGGACCUGAAGAAGGAGGAGGCAGGUGGAGUAGCCAAACCGCUGGAGAGGCUGUCCCCAGCCCUGUCAGUCAUAUUGGACUAUGACACUGACGUCUCUCUAGAGAAGAUCCAGCCCACCACACACAAUGGACAGCACCCAACCUGAACUCCUGGGUGAGCACAGCCACACACGCAUCCUGAGAGCUGGAGAUUACUUUGGGGCUUGCUGCUAAGGUCUGGUGAGACUGAGGCACCCGGGGAGAGCUCUGCCCCUUGGAACACAACCAAGUUUAUUUUCAAAUACAUUCCAGUGUAUUUUCUGUGUUGUUCAUUGUCCAUCAAACAGGGACACAUGGGAGCCAACAGGGACAUGUCUUUGGCUUCAGAUUGGUUUUUGAAACUUAGGAUUUAAAAAUUAGGGCACAGAAUCAGCAAUGAACAACUUCAUUAAAAUCAAAGCUUUCUGGGAAGGAAAUGAGAAGGGUCGAGUUUGCUGUAUACAAACAGGUGCUAAAACUGUUCCAAGCAAAGUUUUCAGAUUGUAAAGGUAGGUGCAUGCCUUCAUCAAUCAUUUUAUUUUAAAAUAACCGAGCCUUACGGUAGGAAUGGCAAUUUUUUUUCCAGGACUGAGAGAUGCUUUGUUGAUAUUGGUUUUAUUUAUUUAUUGUAUUAUAUGGAUAUUUUGGAUUUCUCAUAAUAAAUCUAUAUUUAUCAUAUUUAAUAGGAUACACUCGAGUUAUCUGAGCUUGAAUUGUCCAUUGAACUAGCACUUUAUAAGCCAAUGAAGCAAACACAGACGGAGGUUGUACAGGCUCGCGAGCAACUUCUGGAACAGCACAGACUGAUAGGAACUGAUCUGUGACGGUCUCUUAGGACUCAGGGACUUGAGUGCAUCCGAGGUGGGAAUGACAAAUGCUCUGAAGGCUAUUUUUUAAUCUAAAAAGAUUAUGAAAAAUUAAGAAAAGCAUUGCUACUCUUGUGUUUAAAAUGUGUUCAGAAGGCUGGUCCCAGGAGCCUCUGCAGUUCUGUAAAUAUGUGAUCUCAGAGCCAGCUUGAGAGGGGCCAGCUCAGCCUUCCGUUUGCAUCUUUGGUAGCCAGGGAGGUGCAGGCGGCUUUGUAUUUAUGCAAAAUAACUGGCUUCUGGGCUCCUCUCGCUGCUGCCAGUGUCAGAGAGCUUCUCUGAGCCAAGUGGGUGUCCCGGAUGGAAACGUGCAGGGAGACAGUGUGCUCAGUUCUGUGUGUCACAACCACACCACCAGUGGCCCAAGUUUCUGCCCUGUGUCUACAUCUUCCCAGCUCAAACUCAACUGCUCAGCGGGGCUCUUCCCUGUGUACGCUUUUAUCUGAGUGGAGGACCGAUUUCCUUUAAAAACAAGGUCUUUAAAUGUUCAUGGUCUCCUAACUAAUGAGCAGUGCCUCAUUCUCCUACAGGAAGACCCUUUUGUUGGUGGAAGGGCUAGAAGCCCUGGCCAAGUGCCCCUAAGCCACCGGCCCUGCUCACAAACAGUUGUUCCUUCCUCUGAGCUUUGGGAUCUGUCACACCUGGACUGUAGAAAGCACCCAGCCUCCUGACGCUCCCUUCCUGGCUGGUGUGGGGCCUCCCAACGGAGGAUUUGGAAAUGUUUACAGGGUAUUCUCUUGAUAAGCAGUUGACUAAUAUGGAGAUGAAAUUGGUACAAAGGACAAACAUCUGCUGAAAACCCUCCCGCGUUGUCGGGUCUGUAACUUCUGUACUGUGAGUGUUUUCUUCAUUUUGCUGCCUGUAUGCUUUCUUACAUAUAAUAAAAUUAUUU